UCGCUUAUUAUACUAAUCAUAUCCCUUAAUUCAACGAAAAGAUGGCUGACGAAGAGAGGUCUCAAAUCGAUUCCCAGAAGGGAAUGGCAGUUGCUGAUAGUGCGAUGGAAGAUAUCAUUGAUAAGCUUAAACUUCUUGACUACGAAACAGAAUUUUGUAAUUUAGUGAAGCCUCCGUUUAAAUUGCUUGACAAGUUUUAUUUCCUUGGGCCUUCCACACUUGACAAUCCCAAUACUCAGUUCUAUUAUUUUACUUCAUUGUGUGCUUGGUUAAUAAAGAUGUGUGGUUAUGAAAUUCCUACCGCAGGCCAAUUCGAUGACCCCAAUGCAACUGCUACAACAAUUAUCGCACAAUUACGUUCUAUGAACCUACCUAUACCUAAUAUAGCACCAAAUCGUAUAAAGCAAGGAAGUGGGGAGGGCGUAUUAAUCAUUUUAUCUGUUCUUCUUGAUCAAGUAUUGUCUAAAAAAGGGUUUUCUUUUCGACUAAUUGACUAUUCUCAAAUUGAUAAGUACGAUGAACAUGCAGAUGUACCAAACGAUGACGAUGUUGUCAACGAUACCGUAGAAGUAGAGGACAAUAUAGUUAUAGAUAGUGAUGAUGAUGACGAUGUUUUUAUCCGAGGUUCUGAACAAAAGGAUGAAAAAGAGACUACGGGUGUUCCGGUAUCUUCGUCAAUUAAUGCAGAAGAAUGGAACUUGGAAGUAGAGCGUGUUGCACCUUUUUUACAAAUAGAAAAUGAAGUGUCUGACAACUGGCGCUCGCGUAUAGAAAGUGCCACUAUUCUUAUGAAAGCAGUAGAAAAAAUUUAUCCAGAGACCAGACAAAUGCUUGAACGCUUGAGCGAGGAUAUGGAUAAGUCAAGAGAUAGAAUCCAAAAGAGGGAACAAACUCUUGCUCAACAGUUUUCCGAACAGGUAGAAGAAUACCGUGUUAAGCUUCGUGACUUCAACAUUUCCCUUGACGCUGCUAAUUUAGUAAGCCAAAGCGUUCAACAACUUACGGUCGAACUCAAUCAAGUCAGUGAAUCAUUGGAUCAAACGAAACGAAAUAUUGAAGAUCGUGAAUCGAAAAUAUCCGACACAACUCCUUUGAUGAAAGUAAAGGAAGGUCUCAGUAAGGUGCAAGCUGAAAUUAAGCAAAUGACUUUGCGGAUCGGUGUGCUUCAGCAUGGAGUACUUCACUAUGUUAAGGAACAAACCAAGGUGAAACGUGAGGGAUCUUUUAUCCAGUAUGAAGAUGAAAUUAUGCUUGAUCAAGAAUAUUCUUAUUAUUAAGUUUAUUCCGUAUUUCAAAAUAUUAUUAUUAUUAUUUAUUUAUUUACUUCAGUCAUUACGAUACUACGAUUUUGAGUUAAAAAAAUUGUAUUCUGAAUAAUUUAUAUAAAAUAAGUGAUGGAAAAAAGAUGUACUAGGAAAUUUUAUAGUGUCUCUAAUGUAUUUCUAGCACUGCUUUCACAAUCUAAUAAAAA